CUCCUUUCCUUGCCACUGUGCUCUCCCCUCUCAUCCUAAGAACUCACACACACACACACACACAAACACACACACACACGAACAUUAUCACAGUUACCUUCGUCAGGAGAAAAAGAGAGAGAGAGAAAGAGAGAGAAAGAGAGAGCGAGAGAGAGAAAAGAGAGUGAGUGAUAAUUUUAGUACGGAGUGAGUCUGCCCGUGACUCGCGCCCCUGGGAAGUCUUAUUACAUGGACACUUCUGAGUUGGCUGAGGAGGAGAACCGCCCCUCGGAACUGAAGGACCUGGAGUGCAUCGCUGGGGGUGCCCGGAAGGUCCUCUGUCGCUCCGCCCUCACGCCACGGGAGAAACAGGUGGUGUACUCUGGGCUGGUGGCGUGGGUCGGCGUGGCACUGGGGCUGGUGUUGGCCUAUCCCGCCCUGGCACUCGACUCUUGGGCAGAAGACAGGAACAUUACUUUGACUCACCAGGAAAUAUCAUGGUUCAGAAGUGUGCUGUACCUGGGUUCGAUCCCCGGCUCCGUGGUGGGGAUGCUGAUGCAGCUGCUGGGACCUCGCCGCCUGCUGCUGCUGCUGCUCCCUGCCCUUGCCCUGUCGUGGCUGCUGCUGCCCAUCGUCACGCCACACGCCCCCACACUCAUCGUCCUUCGCGCCCUGCAGGGAGUGCUGGUGGCUGGCUGUGGCCUGAGCGUCUACGUUUACCCCUGUGAGGUGGUUGAGGCGCGGCUGCGGGAUGUGGUGGGCGCCCUUCCUGAGGCAGCCUUCUCCCUGGGCUUCCUUCUAGCCUACCUGCUGGAGGCCGCCCUGCACUGGUCCGUCGUGGUGCUGCUGGUGCCGUCCUGCCUGCUGCUGCCCACCGCCCUCGCCGUGGCCUUCGUGCCCGAGUCCCCAGCAUGGCUCCUUUAUCGUGGCCGCCUGAAGGAGGCCCGGGAGGUGCUGACCGCCCUCCGCCCCGCCAGCGUCAGCGUGGAGAAGGAGCUGCUCACCAUGCAGCUGGAGGGCGACAAGCAGCGCGGGAAGGAGCCUGGCUGUCCUGUUUUCCUGCUGCAGCAUGCUAGGUUUCUGCUGCCCGUACUAGCAGGGGUUACUCUGGUGCUGCUGAAGGAGAGCACCGGUCAGAUGGUGCUGGUGCUGACGCUGAGUCGCGUGCUGUCAGGUGGUGCUGUGGGCCUGUCGCCGCUGUGGGGCAGCGUGGUGGUGGGCGCCGCCAGGGUGGUCGCCAACCUGGCUGGCUGCUGCUUCCUGCUGCGCCACUUCUCCCGCCGGGCUGUGCUGUCCCGCGCCUCCCUCACCGCCGGCCUGGCUAUGGUCGUGCUGGCCAACUACUACGCCUCUGCCGGAGAACACUUCUGGCCGCAGGUGACGCCCUUUGUGCUGGCGGUGGUGUUUGCGGUGUGUUACGGCGCCGGCGUGGGUCCCGUGGCCAGUCUCAUGGUGGCCGAACUGUUGCCGGGGCCCGUGCGUGGCCUGGGCUCGGGCCUCGCCAACGCCGUUCUGUGUGGCGCCCAGUUCAGCCUCACCUUCAUCGCGCCCUCCACUGACCAAGAAUUCACUUUCUCCUGCUGGGGCUACGGCGGCGGCUGUCUCCUGCUGGCGGGCUUCGCUCUCCUGCUGCCAGAGACGCGUUGCCGCCCCCUGGAGGAGCUCGAGGUGUUCUGGCGGGAGGCCGCUGAGAAGGGCGUGUGCGGGGGAUGUCUGGCCCCCAGCAAACAGUCCGCCCUACCCACGCCACGCACCGGCACCCCUGCCCCGUGUGUCUGUGCCCGCGUCCCCUUCCCCAAGACCCACCCAUCUCUCCCCGCCAUUCAAGUCUCACUCCCCUUCCCAAAAUUCCCCGUGCGAUCCCCCGCCACCCACACCCCGCACCUCACCACCUCGGCCUCGCUCCCCACCACCUUCGCACUAAGCUUCCCAGGCCUGUGUCCCAGCUCCCCGCCCCUGCUCCCCAUCUCCCCUGCCCGUCUCCCCAUCCACACCACUGACGCCAACACCUCCACCCCGCUGCUCACCAUCCCAUCGCCGCACGUCACCGCCACCACCAGCACCGCCCAUCAAGCAGGCGGCCACGAGGACAUCCUUGAGGGCGUCGCAGGAGCAGCUCAGGCAGAUGUGAUGCAGCCCUGGCGUCACCUUCAGUCCCAUGGGGCUGUUUGAGGACUGAGGAGGACGAGGAGGUGAGGAGCGGCAGGCAGGAGCGGUACGGUCUCAACACUCAAGUCAACAUGCAGCUCAACAAACAACUCUCUCAGUGUGUGUAUCUUCCUGAAGGUGACCAGGUUCCUCUCUCCUGUGACUGGGAACUACCCUCAGCUUGUACGUGGCCUCCAUCACCCAGAGCAACGUGAAGAAUGAAUAUGUGAGUUAUCUCAGGGAAUGUUCGUAUCCUAUUAGCUCGUAUCAAGUUGUCAGUGGGAUAUUAUGUAACUGGGGUGUGACAAGGUUGCCCACUGUCGUCUGGCCUCUCUGAAAACGUGGCCCUUGCUUUGUUUUAUGUAAGAGGGGAAAGCUGACCAAGGAAAGCAUAGAGAGUUAAAAAGGCUCACUUAGUUGCCAGUUCCCGUGCAUGUUUGGGGAUGUGUUAUAUGGAUUAAAGGUUUCAAGUGCGGUAAUUUAAGGUCGCAUGUAUGACAGUCUCAGCAUGUAUUUUUUUUUUUUUUAAUGCAAGCUGGCCAAGGACAACAAAAGAUAAAAAUAAAGAAAGAAAAAUCUCAUGAAUGCCAGUUCCCUUAAAGAUAAAUAGAUAAAUAAAUAGACAGGCAAAAGUCUUGAACCAAUGUCUUGAAACCUCCCUCUUAAAAAAGGUACAUACAUAUUCCUUGUCUGUGUCACGAAGGGUUGGCUGUGUGGCUGGCUGAGGAGCCUAAGAUAAUGACACUAAUGGUUGGGUACUUUUCUUAACCCCUUCAUCACUGAGACGCAUUUUACCUUCAGAUUUAUGUACCAUUAGACCAUUUUUAUUGACAUUAGCCAGGGUGCAUGGAGGUCACAAGAUAAAUGGCCACAGUCUUCACUACUUUAAUGCCCCACAUGAGUUUGUGAAGGUGUAAAAAAUCACCAAAUAGUCAUCACAAGGAAUAUGGAAAUGCAUCAUGGUACUGAAGGGGUUAAUAGUACCAUUGAUAUAUCCUACUUUCUUUGUUUAUGUAUACUAAAUACUGGAGCAACAUUCCCUUAUGAUAUGUUAAUUAGUCAUCUUCCAUGUAUGUAAAUAGAUAUCUUGUAUUGAAUCAUUCCUUGUAUGUAAUGUUUUCUUAAUCUUUGGUGCACCUUAUAUCUCGUUUUGUUUGAUGUAUGAUUAGCUCUAGGUACUACAUGUUUAAUAGUAUUGUUAGUAUGACAGUUGUAGAGGUUUAUAUUUUCAGAGUUUUGUAAGCCAACUGCAGUUUUCUCGAAUAAAAUAUGAAAGAAGUGC